AACUUUUAGUUGAUACAUACCUACCUACUUGAUAGUUUGUUACUUGUUAUUACUAUUUACCUGCCUUACUUACUGUUUCACUAUUGUCAACAUUUUAUUUCGACUGAAAUCAACAUAAUAUACUUCUCUAUGACUGAAAUAUGUCGCAUCGUUGCGGGCGGCGAGCCGGAGCAAAAUAGACAACCUACUUUUCGACCAACAACAACGGCGAUGACGUUCGUUCCUAUUAAAUCUGGAAUUCAGACCAACUGGUAUGGUCAUUGGUUACGACUUUGCCCAGGCAGGAUUGCACGUUAAGCAUGUUGGACACAAGGUCUGGGCCUUUUAGUUGUGUUGGUUCCAAAGCGCAAGUUUCACCUGCAUGUGUUGUCCUUCUUAUACAGUGGCGCUGAAGUAAAAUUAUAAAUCUAGAACAAACAUCAAAAAUCAAAACACCGCCCUCAAAAUAUAUUACAAAAUGGUCAAUUCUAAAACCAGACCUCUUAAUAUAUCCACGCACAGUUGAUACAGAAGACAAGAUCAUCGAACAGCAUUGUCAUUACAAAAAUGAAUUUGCCAAAUUGGAUAAAAAAAAUUAAUUUACUGAAAAAGCUGACCUUUGCACUUGUGAACAGGAUAUAAAAUUAUAUUAUACCUCAUAUUGGACAAAUUAAGUAUAAAUGAACCUUACAGACCAUUGUGUUGUGAUUUUUGAGACUGAGUGGUAUGUCAAUAUUUUGGUCGCAUUUUCACCAGCAUUGAAAGUAUGCAGUGGCCAAGGACAAAAUACAUUACAUGAACUCCUGUCAAUUAAUCAUCUUCAACAGAAUGAUAAUAUAAGAAAUGUAAUAAGGGGACAACUGCUUAAUGAGGACAAAUUAGCAUAGUCCCGAACGAAUGUAUUCGUCUAAGGCAAUUUAACUUUGUUCAUCGGGGAUAAACCAUCGGUUAUAAGAAAUGGUUACAAAUGUUGGCUCCAAAUUUUCCGGGGAAUUAUCUCCAGCACGUUGGAAGUUUUAUACAAAUUGUAUGAUGAAAAGUAUGGAAUCAAUAUCAACUGGACCUAUUUUAAGCAUUCAAGGACUUCACCAAACAAACAGUUUACAAAUUAUUAUGUAGCUAAAAAUGUAUAAAAUGUUCAACUUUUAUAGCUAAGGAUUGAAAAUUUAAACCAAGGUUCUACGUAAGUAGGUUAUUCUGUAACAAACAAUUUUUUUAUAGUUAUUUUAUAAUCAAAUUUGGACGAAAAUACAUAUUAAAUAACCAAGAAUAACGAUUUUAGUUAUUUUGUUGUAAUACAAGAUUCAUUAUAAGUUUAUCUACCUAAAUAAAAAAAAAAUGGCUACAAGAAAGUCAAAUUAAAUUUUUAUGAAAUUUAUCUAUUUAUCAAAUAGCGUUUGAAAUUCAAAUUUUUCCAAGAUUUCAUAUUCACUCGAUUUCUUAUGUUUUGGGCUGCUUACGGACAUUUUCAGUUUUACAUUUUAAAUUAUAAAUAAUUAAAUUCACAUAAUUAAAUAAUCGUCAAUAACAUUUUAUUUGUUUGGUAAAAAUUUGUGGAAAUAAGACUCCUGAUAUAUUGUUUUGCACCAACUAGAUACACUUUCCCAUCGAACAAGAUACUGUUAAAGAAAAUUAAAGCAUUUCUUCUGCCCUAAACGGUGGUGACGGACACAAAAAAAAUAAAACACACAUCAUUGUAAAAGCAAUACAUUCAUCUUUCCGCUCAAAAUCUAAAAAUAUUAAAAAUACAUAGGCACAAUAAUAGUUUUAAUAAGCAUUUAAAGUUCAAGUUUUGACAAAAUUUAUCUAAUGUAAUAAUUAUUAACUUAGAUAUUUUUUUAGUUAAAAAUUUAUAAAAUGUAUAGCUAAGUAUUGAAAAAUUAAAACAAGGUUUCACGUAAAUAGGUUAUAAAUAUAUAAAUUACUUUAUUCACAAUAAUAUCAUCCAAAUAUACUUAGUAAUAUCAUAGGCUGACUGACCGUCUUCGCUCAGAAUCGUUUUUCCUAAACAAUGGUUUUAUAUCAUUGAAUUUAAAUUUAACACCAUCCAUUAUAAUGAUAUACUUGUAACCUAAGUAUAAGUAGGUAGGAUGAAUUAAUUCUUGCCAAAAACAUGGCAUUUGAAAAUGUCAUUAAGUGUAUAAAAUAUAAUAAUAAUUAUUACAUUUUAAAAGUUUCAAGUACCCACGAAUAUUUUUAAAUUACAACAAAAUAAUUAAAAUUGUUAUUCUUCGUUUAAUUAUCAAAUUUCGUCUAAAUUUGAACUUAAGUAUAAAAAAAACAUUGUUUAGUUAAGCACCUAUAUAUUUUUUUUAAUUUACAUUUUUUGGUAUCAGUAUGAACUACUUAAUAUGAGAAACUUUAUUUUAAAUUGUCAAUCCUUAGCUAUAAAAAUGUAACUUUUUAUACAUUUUUAAAAACAAAAUAAUUUUCAAUUUUUUGAAAUCGUAAUGAAUAUUUUCAACAUUUGAACUUUUAAUGCUUAUAAAAAAAAAUCUUGCAUAUUUUUCUUUAAUAUUUUUCAACUGCUGUUAUACCUACUAAACAUUAACCUUAAAAGUUAAUUUGCAUUAACCUGAAUGACGUUGACAUCAAUGAAGCUCUGGUGUUAAUAUUAUAAAAUAGGUAGGUAUUAUAUUAUAUUUAAUUUAGGUAGGUACCUUAAUAAGUAACUUUCAUUACAUCCAGCAGACGCGUUUAAUGAAGGACUGGUAAGUAGGUUUCUACUACGGAAGCUUUAAACUCUGAACGUAGAAACUAAUAUUUUUUUUAAAUUUAAAGUUAUAACUAAUAAUUGUUCUUUUACUCAGCACAAUAUUAUAAUAUAAUAAUAAUACCUAUAUAAACUGCGCCGAUGAAACAGGAAGCUAGAACUUUAAUGAAUGACGACAGGAGUCUCGAACGUUUAAAGCAGAUCAAUUAUUAUUGUGAUUACUGGUUUGUAAUUCCGAUUAGGAAUCAUAAAAAAAUAUUAUAUUCUGAUCAUUGUCUGAUAUAUUAUAAAUAAUAUGUAUAUUCCGUUUCCUAGGCAUCUGCAACUCACAAAUCGUUAAAUUAAGUCGUUAUGGACAUAUGGUAAAUAAAUAAUGCAAUUGAUAACUUUCGUCUCCCAACCUUGAGAAGAAUAGGUAGGCAUAACAUAGAAAAUAUCUUUUCUUUAUGUACCAAUCCAUUGGGGCUAAAAAUUAUGGAGAGAUUGGAAUUUUCGGUCAGAAUUAUAGUUUCAAAGUUAUGGCCUUUGGAAGUUUGUUAUUUUUCACAGUAAUCACGCCCGAUCGCGGUGCGAAAUCUCAUUUAACGAGAUUGCAGAAGUGGACUGUGAGUCAAAAUUAGUUAAUAUACAUAGAUUAUAGCAACUAUAUACUAUACCACUAUAAGUACUAGAUAGUAGGUAAUAACUAUUACCUAUAGAUUCUGAGCAAUGAUGAGUGUUUUUCUUUUAGAUUCUGAGCGAAUCGAUGAAUGUAUUGAUUUUACAAUAAUGUGUGUUUAUUUUUUCAUUUUUUUAAAAUUUUUUUUUUGUGUCUGUCAUUACCUUUUAGGACAGUAAAAGUGCUUGGAUUUUCUUCAACAGUAACUUUUCUGAUAGGAAAGUGAAUCUAGUUAGUACUUUGAGGAGUCAAAAGUAAAAAUUUCCCAGUAGUUUACAAAAGCGACGUGAAAAACGGGAAUUUUUACGCAAAAUCUGUUUUCGAGAAAAUCUAUUUUGGUUUUUGGUGUAACUCUAAAACAAAUGGACCGUAGGUACCUACAUGAAAUUUUGACUGAAUGUUUAUAUUAGCAUUUUCUAUACACCAUAACAUUUCCCAAAUUUUGACUUAUUUUGAGCUGUUUACGGACAUUUUCAGUUUCCAUUUUUUUUAGUUUUUUUUCUAUACAUUUCAAUAAAAUUUUAUUUGUUUGUUAAAAAAGCUUGAAAAUUUAAUAGAAGGCUCCUAGGUUAUUGUUUCAAAGGCAGAUGAAAAAAAUUAAAAAUCCAUACUCACAAUUUUUUUUUUAAGCAUUUAAAGUUCAAAUAUUGACAAAAUAUGUAAAAAAGACGAAAAUUUGCAAAUUAUAUUGAGUUAGAAAUUUAUAAAAAAUUUUCUUUUUAAAUCUAACAUUUGAAAAUAUAAUACAAGAUUCCUCAAAAGUUUGUCUAUCUUUAUCAAAAAAAAAAAAAAGGUUAACAAGAAAGUCAUAUUAAAUUUUUAUGAGUGUUUAAAAUUCAUAUUUUUACAACAUUUGAUAUUCACUCGAUUUCUCAUUUAACGAUUUUGCUAUUUUGUUGUAAUUACAAAACGUAUGACUGUAGAUACUUGAAAAUUUCACUGAAAGUUUAUAUUAGCAUUUUCUAUAUACGAUGAAAAUAAUUUGACUCUUUUUGAACCGUUUACGGACAUUGUCAGUUCUCAAUUUUCUUAGUGUUUUUUUCUAUAAAUAUCAAAUUAUUUUCUUUAUUAAUUUUCUAUAAAGGCGACAUCCACUUACCCACCUUUUUUAAUUUGUGUCUGUCAUCACGGUUUGGGGCAGUUAAACUGCUUUGCAUUUCUUGAACAGUAUCUUGUUCGAUGGGAAAGUGAAUCUAGUUGGUAGAUUCGAGAGAUUAAAAUUCCCUAUAGUUAUCAAAAGCGCCGAGAAAAACAACAUCAAAAUUAAGGAAAACCCGUAAUUUUUCCGCAAAAUGAUUUUCGAAAAAAUUGAUUUUGGUUCUUGGAGUAACUCUAGAACAAAUGACCGUAUAUAUAAGGCAUUAUCACUGGUUGUUUAUAAUAGCAUUUUCUAUACAUGAUAAAAUUUUCAAAAUAUUUGUUUUGAACUGUUUACAGACAUUUUCAGUAUACAUAUUUAGGUGUACAAUUUACACGUUUAUUUAAAUUAAUAGAUAACACAAAUUUGAAUGAACUUAGACAAAUGCUAUUGCGAUAGGAACCUUCUCCAUGAUAUAAACUAACAUAAAAAAAAAAAUUUAGACAAUCGGUCGUGUAGUUUCCGAGAACAUUAGCAUCAAAGGUGUCGUUUCAUUUUUCGUUACAAUUGGUUUUCCACCCACUCAUCAAGAAAGAAGUUUUACUUCAAAAAUAUAUAUUUAUAUAAAUCAAUCAAUAAAAAUAUCAGUAGUAAAUGUUAAAAAAUAUUAAUAAAAGAUCAAAAAGGGUGGACAAGUGGGUACUGCUCUGCUGUACAGUAGUUGCCGAGCAUGUCAUAUUUAAAUUCAAUGAUAAAAGAUUGCAUACGAGAAAUGAUUUUGAGCAGAGACGUUUUGUCAUCCCAGCAUACUUGCAGUAUACUUAAUCAAGUUUAAUAAAUAAAAAAAAAAAAUAUAAAAAUCGAAAAUAUCUCAGGGCUAUAUUAGUGUAGCUUUCCAGUGAUUUUUUUUUUAUAAUAUGUUUUUAUAAUAUAUCUAUGUGUAUAUUAUUAUUUAUUAAUGUUAUUAUAAUUAUUGUUUCCGGUUUCGUAUUCAACUAAUCCGCGUCCGUCCCGCAGUCAUCAAUCGCUAAAUUACAUGGGUAUGUCCAAAUAGGCUUAAGGAGGGUUUAACAAAUAUAAAUAAAUCAAUUAAAUGAAUAGUCUAACAUGAAAAACGUUUUUAAAUUUUUUUAGAAAUUUCGAUACGAAUCAAAUUGAUUAGUUCCCUAGGACGGUAAGUUAUAGCACAGAAUAAAAUAAUAUAAUAAUAUUAAUAAUAGGUAACUAUUAAAAAAAAAUAUGAAAUUUAAUUUAAAAGUUACAGGAUACCUCUAUGAGGUACGUAAUCCCCGUAUACCGUCGUAGAUAUUAAAGAAUGGAUAGGCCAUGGCUAAAUUAAUAAAAUAGAGGGAAGGGUGCCGGAAUAGGGAAGAGAGAAAGACGGUUUUUUAUCAUUGCAUCUCAUUCUGGCAGAGCCGCAGAGGUCUUAUCAUAAAUAAUGUGGCGCACGAGGAAAAUGUGUUGUUGUUGACUUCGUGGUGAUUCCUUCGUAGCGAUAAUUUUUGUGUGUUACUCGAUGAGAGGUAGGUAGAUGAUGAGAUAACACAUUGAGUCUAAAAUUAAGGAGAUGUUUAUUGUUUAUUGAGCCGAAAGUGAUAGUAAGAUAAUUAUUACGAACGAAGGGUGCCGGUUGUGCUGUGGUUGUAACGACGGUGUUGUCUCCGAGGACGAACAAUGUCGGCGAAGGGGGAGCGCGACGUUGCCACUCGGUGCCGGUCGUCAGGGAGACCAAAAAGGGUGAGGGCGUUCGUAAUUGGCGCGACGGCGUCGUUGCCGCGUCGAUUGAAGUUCGAGCGGUCGUGCAUCCCGGAUGGCAGAUGCGCAGGACUAGGGAUUAGAGCCGUGAGCGGUACGUGUGUACGCGUCGGGGUCGUUACCAGAGAGGGUGAGUCGAGUCUGGCAGCCGCGGGGACGCCGAGACAUGACGGACGAGGGUCGGUGUCGCCUACCGCAGCAAGGGGACAGUAGAGAGGGAGUAUUGUGGUGAUGGCUCACCACAAUAAUAAUAUAAUAUAUAUCUAUUUGUGAUAAGCUCUAGGUCCUCUAAACCUCAAAAUAUUUUUAUGUUCGUUCCCGUAUGAUAAGCACAAAGGCCUAUCCAUUCUUUAAUAUCUAUUGGUACUAUGGUGUAACUCGGUUUGUCCGGGUUGGCCAACAGUCGUUAUGAUUAUGAUCGACAACACAGUUUUUAUUGAUUCGGAAGAAAUGAUACAUAUUAUAGUGGUAGUGUCGGGUGGUUUUUAAGAUUCGCUGUCGGGAUGUGCGAAUGCCGCACGGUGUGCUGCGGUCGUGUUGCGUCUCAUAGCUGGGGCGUAGAAGCCGUCGGUAGCUGAGACGAAAAGACUCGGUCGGCGAGCAGGAUGGCGGCAGACGGCUAGGUCACUCAGUACGAUGCGCGAGUUAAAACAGGGCGAGGCCGAAACGUUGUCGCGAAGGGGGGACGAGUGAGCGAGUUGCUGGGUGCCGAGAGAGCAGCUGCUUCCACUCGGCAAGCCGGCCGUCGCAACGGACGCCGCUGUACCGGGCGGUGCUGCCAACCGCGACGGGGAGACCAACGAGAGAGAGUAUUGUGGUGAUGCUCUAGUUCACCAAGUUUAUAGAUAAUUAUAUAAAUUUCUGGUUCACCAAAGUACUCUGGUGACUGUGUAUAAAACUGAUAGUGUCGUCAUAUUUCAAACUUAAUCCGUUCCGGCCAAUUAUUAUAAAGUAAACAAUAAUUUUCUACAAACUACAGUCUACGGUUAUAUAAAUGAUCUAAAGUAUUGUAAAGUUUCAAGGUUGGCUAGCCUGCUUUGUUAGACACUCCCUACUGUUACACAAGCGCAGCGCCUCAGACAGUCAUUAUGAGUAUCCAUCAUUCGGUGUUUACUGAUAUUAUGUUAAAGAUUAUGUUGUAAUAGUAAUUAAAUAAAGAGUUAAAAUAUAGUAUACUCGAGUUGAUGAAUUGUGCGUUUGGUAUUGCUGUGUUUUUAAUAGUACGAUCAAAAAAAAAUAUUAAUAAUAAUAAUAUAUUGCGUAACUGUCUAUUAAUUAUUUUUGUUUGAGAUUAAGUUCAAUAGACAUUUAAGAUGAGUAAUAUAAAUAAUUUCAAACCUGAAAUGUGUAUUAAGAAUAAAGAUCAUUUAUACAGACUCAUAAUAAGUCAACUCUAUUAUGAUGGUUAUUCCACAAUUGCUUCAAGCUUAGCUACCCUAGUAAACGCUAAUCCACCUUGUGCUCCAUCGGAUCGACUCAUGCAUGUAGUGACAAAAGGUUUACAACAUGAAACCGAUAGACAAAAAGCAUCUGAACAAGCAUUAAACUUAAAUCCAAUUCAGCAAAUGUUAAUUGGACCAGGCAUUGACUUAGAAUUUGAAACUAAUGUUAUGUGUACUGCUCCUGAACCGUCGCUGUAUGAAACUGUAUAUGUAACAUCCCACAAAGCAGCCUGUAGGGCUGGUGCAUUUAGUCCUGAUGGCCAGUUAAUCGCAACAGGAAGCAAUGAUGCAUCAAUCAAAAUUUUGGAUGUUGAAAGAAUGCUGGCUAAAGCACAUGACAUUGGCAGUACUGAUAAUCAUGAAGGACAGGGUCAUCCAGUAAUUCGGACUUUGUAUGAUCAUUUGGAAGAAGUGACAUGCUUGGAGUUCCACCCUAAAAACCCAAUUUUAGUUUCGGGCUCUAUAGAUUGCCAUGUUAAACUUUUUGAUUAUUCAAAAACAUCUGUGAAGAAAGCCUUCAAGACACUUAACGAUGUCGAACCUAUAACAUGUAUAAGUUUUCAUCCCGAUGGAAACUAUAUGGUAAUGGGCACCAAUAGCCCAAUCAUAAGGUUUUAUGAUAUAAAUACAGUUCAAUGUUAUGUUUGUUCAAUUCCUAGUCAUCAACAUACUGGUCCUAUUACAUCAAUAAAGUAUGAACCAGGUGCCAAGUAUUUUGUGUCUUCUAGUCGAGAUGGUUCAAUUAAAUUGUGGGACGCUAUAUCUAAUAAAUGUGUUAACACAUUUGAAAGAGCACAUGAUGGUAGUCAAGUGUGUUCUGUGACAUUUACAAGAAAUGGAAAGUACAUCUUAUCAUCAGGCAAAGAUUCUGUAGUGAAACUUUGGGAGUUAUCCACUAGUAGAUGUCUGAUUGCAUAUACUGGAGCUGGAACAACUGGAAAACAAGUUCAUCGUGCACAAGCAUUGUUUAAUCAUACUGAGGAGUAUGUCAUGUUUCCAGAUGAAGUCACUACAUCUUUGUGCGCAUGGAAUUCACGCAAUGCUUGUCGGCAGCAACUUUUAUCUCUAGGCCAUAAUGGACCUAUUCGUUCAAUUGUGCAUUCUCCAAAUUCAGCAGCAUUUUUGACUUGUUCUGACGACUUUAGAGCUCGUUUUUGGUAUACAAAACACUUGAUUGGAACAUAGAUUGAAUAUUUUUUGUUUUUAUGCACAAACUUUUUAUAUAUUUAAUUUUGAAUAAUUAUUUAAUGUACAUUGGUAAAAAUAUAUAACUAUUGUAUUCAUUGAAAUGUACAUUUUUAAUUAAAUAAUAUUUUCAACAUUUCAAAUUAUACAUAAUAAUAUACGGAGAAUGGAAUUUUUUGGUGUAAUAGUUAAUGAUUAAAUUUAAAAAAUAUAUAACUUAAAAAUUAAAAUGAACAUAAAUAUUUAGUCAAAAAUGAUUUUGAGAAUGCAUCUCAGACUUGUGUUUUUACCGUCUUAUGAACGUACAAGUGUACAACAUAUUAAAAUUGUAUUCAAUUUGUGUAGUAAGCUUUAAUUAUAGAGUUAAUUGAUCUAUUGUCAAUCUGAAAGGAUGUUUGAAUAAAUAAU